CCUGUGUUUCGGGUUGGUCCGCCUCUCUGUCCUCCCGACAACAUUCGGCAGUUUUCGUCCAAGUGAAGGAGGAAAAAAGGAAAGCAAACAGUGGGCUGACCACUCGCUCUGACACGCCACGAGAAAGUAGCCGCGGUUUAAACACCCACGGAGGCUGUGCGAGGAAAGUGAAGCUGUGGGGCGUCUCGGCAGAGAACAGGUGGUUUUAUCCGCGGUGAGUUCACAGAGCAAGCGCUGACACACAGCACCGAGAGGGAACGGUCUCCUCCCAGCUUCCCCACGGACACGGCUCGGCUCCAGUCGGUCACCGGGAACCUGUCUGACCUGACUCCACGCUGCACCGGGCAGUGUUGUGCUCACCAAGAUGUCUUCUAAAGCUCCGAGUGCCAAUAACCUGAACCAGGCCCGGCAGGUGGUACAGCAGCUGAGACUAGAGGCGAGAAUUGACAGGAUAAAGAUCUCCAAAGCCUCCGCGGACAUUGUGAAGUACUGCAGCGAGCACCAGAAAACCGACCCCCUCAUCGCGGGCAUCCCUGCUUCAGAAAACCCCUUCAAGGAGAAGAAGCCCUGCACUUUAUUGUAGUGGAAGUCCUCUGGCCUUAUCUAUUUUCUUCUGCUUAUCAAUGUUGCUGUAUUGUUCAUGUUGGGAGGGGUGAGAGGAUCUGUGAUCAUAUCAUUAGGUGUUUUAACAGUUGGUGCAGAAUGCUGUGCGGCAGCUCCCGUUUGGGGGAUUUUGACCAAAACUACUGACCUGCCACUGUUCAGGGUGAACUUCAACCACUUCAGAAAUCUUUGUCUGCGUGGGUUUCAUAAAAUCUAAAUCUUAUUUUCUAAUUCUUCUACCAGUAAAAGCAGCGCUCAGUGAUGGCUUUGCUCUGUCAGUGUUUAUCCAGUUGUGUCUCCAGUGGGCAGUGACUGUUAUUUGCCUCUCUGGUUUGCCUUAAAUGGACGCCAACAACCAAAGUCUCCCAGCUGGCCUUCUCUAUAAAAGCUUCACAUGAUUGAGAGCCACUGCAGCAUUUUUCCACAUGUAAGUGCAGCUUGUGCCACUAAAUAUUUGGGGUCAAAAUUUCCAAAUGUUGCCAUGAUGUAUUUUAUUGAGAGAGAAGCAGGUAGUAUUAAAUCAAAGAACAUGAGAACAGUAGUAUCAAACAGCCGGUCACAUCUCCAACUGACCAAUGACAAUCCACAUUCCAUUGAAUAUCCUGUUAGGAUUUUUGUUAGUUUGAUCAAUUUCACAUCGUCUUUAAAUUAUUUAAUAAAAUAAGUGAGGCAGAUAUAUUCUCCAUGUUCAAUACAUUUUAAAUCCAUUCAUCUUGCCAAGUUUUGUGGGAAAGUCUCCUGCUUAUGAAAACACUGAAUUAAUCAAUAAUCUCAAAUAAAUUUUUUUUAAAACUCUGGAUCAAACUUAAACAUUAGAUUUACAGCUUCCAAAUGUAACAGAUUCCAACCCCUUCUAAAAACUUUAAUUGAAGAAAUUUAAAAAAAAAAAAAAAUAUAUAUAUAUAUAUACUCAAAAUUGUUUUUCUGGUCUUCCUGCUGUGAUUGAACAUCGAUUAUUCAAUUUUUAAGCGGUGAUGUCACUCUGUGUGUGUGUGAAAGAAAACUAUUUUCACUCAUAUUUUAAACUAAUGAUAAACUAGCGGUUCACACAGCAAGAUUUUAAAAUUGUCGUCCUAUUUUCAAAACUUGAGUGACCACACACACGCAACGAUAAAAAUCUUAGCGAUAUCAGAUUUGGUCUUGCAGUGUGUGUUGUAACACCACACAGUAGGAGCAACUCACACACAGAUUCCACUCACCGAAAUGCAAAAUUUCCCAAAAUAUCGAGACCAAAUGUGAGUCCAGUGUAAACUAACAUGGCCGACUGGGAAGAAGCAACGAUGUUUUGUGGAAUAUAUUUAAUGAAGACAUUUGCACCGUCUACCAGACUUUCUGCGGCGUCAUGACGGUUGUUUUAUCCUCGGCAUAUUUUGGAUUCUUCUCCUCGCGUUCUGAUUGGCUAUACGUCACAUCCAACACCCUUCCUGCUCAUUCGUCCUCAGGGAAUAUCACACACACUGCGAUAUCUGACCAUAGAUGAUCCAACAUGUUGAAUUUCCCCAACAUCCUCCACAGCGGACUGGGUCUCUCCUAACACACCAUGCAAAAUUGGUGGAGGGGGAAAAUUGGGAGAAAAAUUGGCACAAAAAUCUUGCCGUGUGAACCAGGCAUUAAUUCCAAAUCCAAAAAUAAAACAAAGUAAUAAUACAAAAAAAAAAACAGGAAGUCCUCCUGAAGUCAGAACUCCAACUAAGAAAUUUCCCAUUAAACCCAACAUAGCUCCAUUCCAUCUUCAAUGUUUUGGUAGCUGACUGGAGAAAAGAUGCCAGACAUUCUGGUUUCCAGUCAAAUUGGAAAUCUGGCUCAUCUGUUGAUGCAUUUCUGUAUCUAAGCGCACCUGCACACACACACGCACCCCCCCCCACACACACACACAUACACAUGCCCACGCCCACACGCACACACACAGCUCUAACUCUGGCUGAACAAAACUCAGCAAAUGUUGCAAACCACUGUGAGCUCCACCUAUCAACUCACAGUAAAUAACUGGUAACGUCAGAACUUUUAAUGGUUGUAGGAGCAGGUGAUAAAAGCUUUUCCAUUCAUUCUACCAGAUCUGUUAUUGGUUGAGGUAGAGGUGGGGGGAAGGGAGGGUGAAGGGGGGUCAAGAUGCCUUAUCUGCUGUGGUAAAUUUAAAUAGUAGGAAUAAAAUCAACCUUACCCAUGUUUGCCUCUUAUUAUGAAAAAUCAUUUUACGUGUUGUAUUUCCUUUAAAAAGAUUUUUAAUAAAAGAAAAUCUUUCUUCUUCUUUUCUUGUUGCCUUCCCCAUACUUGACGCUGAUCCACUGUCCUCUUCCUCUACGUCUGUUUUUCUUACUCGCAGUGAAUGGGCUCUGUGUGUCGCUGCCAAUGAUGAUUUGGGAACAAAAGCUUAAGAACACAACCGCCAUGUGUUGCCAUGUCUCCAUUCAAUCUGUAACUCUUGUUGUUCCAUUGAGAGAUUAAUUUAACUGUGACCAAAUGCUUUUUUUCUGUUGGAUAAAUGUGUUUAUUAAUUUACCAACAUUGGUAUGGAGAUUUGAUGAAGCUCAAUAAAGUGAAACAUUCCUACAGCA